AGCCGUACUCAGCCCAAGUCGCCAGAGGGAAUCUCCAAGGCUUCCAAGAAGGAGAGGGGAUGUGGCCGACUGGUCACUGGUGCCGACUCGUGGCCAACGCUGACUGGCCGAUGUGAUGAGCUGAAUGGCAGGUGAUUGAAUCCCAAAUGCGAGGCCUUUACGGAAGAAAUCAUUUGGGUGAUACACACCUGCAUGCAUGGAAACACCUUCGGGACGUAUGGACUGCAACUGUGCUCUUGGUCCUUCACACUUGUCGCGACUGCAGGUGCAGAGACGCAAAAGCAGGCGCAGAGGUACGCUCCUUGCUGCUGCAGCGGUCUUCAUGGCUGUAGUGUCCUCCCCCCGUGCAGCCUCUGCGGCCGAUGUGAACAUCUACAUGGGACAGGGCUGCUUCUGGCAUGUCCAGCAUGAGGUCGUGAAGCAGGAGGCCGCGGACCUCUCACGUCAGCCGGAACAGGUCUCGGCGCUGUCAGGCUAUGCCGGUGGAAAGGAGGUGGGCGGUAACGGAGAAGUUUGCUACCACAACAUGGCCAUGGCUCCUGACUAUGGGCGAAUGGGCCACACUGAGGUGGUGAACGUGAACGUGCCCGAGGAGAAGGUCGGCGACUUCGCCAAGACCUACUUUGACGCAGCAGUGAAGUACCCCUUCGGCCGUGCCGAUCCACAGGACAGAGGGACUGAGUAUCGAUCUGCCAUUGGUAUUCCAGGUGGCAUCGAUGGGCCUUACUUCAAGGCGCUGGAGGCUGCGAAUGGAGGCCGCAUGGAGCUCCUCCGUGGACAGGGCAAUGACGCCGACACCGUGGGAAGCAAGAAAGUCUGGGUCUAUGAUUCCAACGAGUUUCCCUUUCACCAGGCUGAGAUCUACCACCAAUUCCAUGAUGACAUGCUCGAGAAGUACUCCCAGAAGUACCACAGCUUGAAGAAGUUGCUGGUGAGUCAAGGGACAAUUCAGAAGGUUGCUUGCCCUGAGAUGGGCUUCUGAACUGGUCAUCUUUUCAGCUAAAUGGGGCGAGCAAUGUACAGGGCUGAGACGACCAAAUUUUCAGCUUUUCGGCUGGCAAGUGCCAUUGCCC